GAGGUGUUCAGCUGAAAUUAAUAGUUUGUUAAAGGCUUCUUUCAGAGGCCUACACUGAAGCAAUCUGAUCUUUAUAUAUUAGUUUAAGCUUGUAAAUGAAUUCCAGGCACAGUGAAACAACAAAGCUAACAAGAAGUGGUAUGACCUGGUUGUGGCAGAGUGAUCUUACUCAUCUUAUUUUUAUGUGUGUUUGCAUGUCAACAGAUACCACAAGGAUACCACAAGUUAAAGGUUCCUCUGUCAGAGCUCAUUGAUUGAGUUUAUGAGCUUUUAAUUCGCAAUGAAGACAGUGUUUUUCAGCAUGACUGCCCUGCUCAUUUCCUACUACUUUUUGGGCGUACACAUGUACACAUAUUUGGGUCUGGUCAUCUGCUUUGUCCUCUGGGCUAAAAUGAUAUUCCACGCAGAAAAUGGCUUGUCGGAUGGAUUUGGCCGGGCAGUGUUGAUAACAGGUUGUGACAGUGGAUUUGGACACCACCUUGCAAAGAAACUGGACUGCAUGGGCUUCACUGUGUUUGCCGGAUGUUUAUGUCCUGAGGGGCCCGGGGCUCAGAGUCUGGUUGAAGAAGGCUCUGACCGUAUGAAGGUGCUCCAGCUGGAUGUGACCAAAGAUGAAGACAUCAGCUUGGCCAAGGAUUUUGUGCAAGCAAAUUUGCCAGAGAAGGGUCUCUAUGCUGUGGUAAAUAAUGCUGGAAUCAGUGACUGGGGAGAGACCGAGUGGAGCACUGCCAAGGACUUCCAGAAGAUGGCUGACAUUAACCUGUUUGGUGCCAUCAGAGUCACUAUCCCAUUCUUGUCACUUGUUAGAGCAUCCAAAGGUCGUAUGGUAUAUGUGUCAAGUAUCUUUUCUUUCUUCAACUGUCUGAAUAUGGGAGCGUAUACUGUGUCCAAACGGGGACUGGAAGCAUUUGCAGACUGCUUGAGAGUAGAGAUGGCCAGUUUUGGAGUUAAGGUCAGCAUUAUUCAGCCUGGAAAUUUUGGCAUAGCCACGAACAUUCUGCCCAAGAAAACACCGCAAGACAUAUGGGAUGAAUUUGAUUAUGUGCGUAAACUAACAUUCAACCAGAAAUACAUUGAGAUGGUGUGUGAAUAUUUUCAUUCAUUGUGUACUUCAGGAUUUAAGGAUUGCUCUAUGGUUAUCAAUGCCAUGGUUCAAGCGCUCACUGCUCCCAAACCUCGAACCCGAUACCUGGUUGUUUCCUGGACAGAUAUGUUUUUUUUCUACAUAUGCCCUUUUCUCCCCACUUGCAUCACUGAUUCUGUAUUUCAUGUGAGUUCCAUCUAUUACAAACGUAAAGUUAUGCUUUACUCAUAAUCAAAAUAAGAAAGUUUGCUUUACAUGGAUGACUCAAAUCAUGAGUGUUGCUGUAAGACUGAUUAACUUUUACAUAAGACAUGUUCAAAAGAUUUCUUGGACAGUUGUACACAAAUAUGUACUGAAAAAUUCCUUAUUAUAAAUGUGUGUUAGUUCCUUAAUUCCUUUCCCUCUUCUUUCUGAGUAGAAAACUAAUAAAGUCUUUAUCAC